AUGAUUACAGAUAAGGAUGAGAAUAUUAAACAGAAUGAAACUAUUCAUUCUGAAGAAUUUUCGUCUAAUAUAACUGUUAGUUCAAUUACAACAAAUAGUUUAAAUGGUGAGAAAGAACCACACUUGGAAGAAAGUGCAGGUGUUUACAAUUCGGAGGUUUAUGCUAAAUAUUAUUCAUCACCUACAAGGAGAUCAAUAGUCUUUUUAUGUCUAUUUUUCAUCUGCUAUGCCUACGGUUUAGACAACAAGUUACGUUCUCCAUAUCAAACAUUGGCAACUUCUUCAUAUAAACAACACUCAUUAUUAUCCACCGUCAAUGCAAUCAAGAGUGUUAUAUCUGCAGCUGGUCAAAUUUGGUUUGCAAGAGCUUCUGACUUGUUUGGAAGAGGAACAAUUUUAAUAGUAGCUGUAAUGUUUUAUGUUGUAGGUACAAUUGUCGAAUCGCAAGCCGUUGACGUUUCUAAGUUUGCAGCAGGCGCAUGUCUAUUCCAAUUAGGAUACGAUGGUGUUGUAAUGAUGGUCCAAAUUUUAGUUUCAGAUUUUUCUAAUCUAAAUUGGAGAGUCACGGCAGUUGCAUUCCCUGUUUUGCCAAAUGUUAUUAACACCUGGGUUAGUGGUGAUAUUGCAUCAGCUGUGGACGAAAAUUGGAAGUGGGGCAUAGGUAUGUGGGCAUUUAUAUUCCCAUUGUCAUGUAUACCAUUCGGUAUACUUCUGCUACACAUGAAAUAUUUGGCUAGGAAAAACAAUGAUACCUUAAAAUCUUCAUUCGAUAAGCCAGAAGAUAUUACUUGGAAACAAUAUUUGACUGAAAUAUUCUUAUGGAAAUUGGAUUUUAUAGGAUUAUUAUUGGCAGUAGCAUUCUUUGGUUUGGUACUAGUCCCAUUCACUUUAGCUGGUGGUCUUAAUAAGAAAUGGAAAACAGCUCGUAUUAUUGUUCCUGAAGUUUUAGGAUGGGUAGUGGCUUUUCCAGCAUUCCUAACCUGGGAAAUUAAAUUUGCAAAAUAUCCAUUAACACCAUGGAAAACUGUCAAGGACAGAGGUGUUUUUUCCGCUCUUAUAAUUGCUAUUUUCCUACAGACCGCAUUUUACAUGCAAAAAACAUACAUGUAUACCAUUCUUCUUGUUGCUGUUAAUCAAACAAAAAAAUCAGCAACAAGAAUAAACUCCCUUUUUACAUUCGUAACUGCACUAAGUGGAACCUUAUUAGGUUUAGUUAUUGUAAAAGUUAGAAGAACUAAGGAAUUCAUUUUCUUUGGAAUUGCUGUUUGGUUCCUUUCUUUUGGGUUAUUAGAAAGAUAUACUGGCGGGACAAACGCAUAUGCUGGUAUUAUUGCAGCUCUUUGUUUGUUAGGUUUUGGUAACGGGUUUAUUAAAUAUCCAACUAAAGCAUCUAUGCAGGCUUCUGCUCUUACUCAUGAAAUGAUGGCUAUCAUUACGUCACUCUUCAUGGCCAUUAGUACAAUCGGUACAUCUGUAGGAUCAUCUGUGGCCGGUGCCAUUUGGACUAAUGUUUUACCAGAUAAAAUCGAAAAAGGCUUAAACAAUUCUACUUUAGCUAACUUUGCUUAUAAUUCUCCAACAAAGUUCAUCUUACAGUACAAUUGGGAAUCACCAGAGAGACAAAUAGUGGUAAAUGCAUACAAGCAUGUUGAAAAAAUAUUAAUAAUAGUUGGUCUUUGUUUUUUAGUUCCAUUAUUAGGUGGUGCUUUUUUACUACGUAACCAGCGUCUAGAAGAUGCAGUAGCUCUCGACAAAGUUGAACCUAAAAACGAGAAAAAAGAAAUGGAAGUAUAA